UUGUUGGCUUCUGUUUUUUGGUCAUCUUCCACAGAAUUUCAACCUGCACUUUUGGAUUCAAUAAAAUCGAAUACAACUCAAAUCGCAGCAGCAGAAAGAUAUCUUCAAGAUCGAGGUCCAAAACACAUGAAGAAAAUCAAGAAAUUCAUUUUCCGACAAUAUCCAAAUUACGUGGAACUCAAACAUAGUUUGCUGAAAUUGAACAAAACUCGACCGGAUAGUGUGCAUGAAAAAGAGCAUUUGUUGAAAAAUAUGAGCAGUUUUGUGAAGGAAAAAUAUAGAGAGGGAAAACACGCGCAUGCUGUUGAAAUACAAUGUGCAAUUUCUGAAAUUAUGUUGUAUCAUCGAGCCACGGAAAAGAAUUGGUAUAAUAUUGCGGAGAGAAAAGUUUCGAAAACACCAUUUGCUUCUGAGCCAUUUGAUUUCUCACAGUUUGAUAAGAAAUAA